CUAUAACCUUGUGCAUGAGGAAAUUAUGAAAGUCUCCUGUUUGUGAGUGGUGUUAUAACCUGUCUUAUGUUACUUUUGUGUGUAAACCUUCGUAAACGAUGAGCAAAUAUAUUCUGCCCGUCUCGGUCUUUGGAACAGUGUUUGGGUGCGCUGUUUUAUUAAAGUAAGUAGCCUAAGAAAUUCCUUUCUUCUCAAAAAGCUAGAAGAAUCCUGACACAGCUAUACCUUCUGCCAUCAGCUGGUGCGUCUGUAGUAUUAUGCACCUGGUUGACAAAGCUUCCCAAUCCAAUCAGGAGUUUGAUGUUAUGAAACUGUCAGUGUCACAGUUAAAGAUAUGUAAUGCACAGUGUUAUUUAACAUGUUGUAAUGUUUAGCCAAAACCUUUCUAAACCAUAUCUUACAGCUUGUGUGUCACUCUGAAUUAUGAUUAUGAGUCACUCUCCCCAUAGGAACCAUGUUACUGGAGGCCCUUGUCCCAGUAAGGCUAAAAUACCAGGGAAGACAGUGGUCAUAACAGGAGCCAACACUGGGAUUGGUAAAGAGACAGCCAAAGAACUGGCUAAGAGAGGUACAGAACAUUUGGCUACAUAAUAGCGGCAACUAACCACCAAUUUUACUCAAGGGCUUAUUAGUAGGCUACAGAGCACAUUUUUAGACAAUGCACUUAUUCCUUUCUGGUCACUGACUAUUAUUAUAGUUCUACUAUUAUUAUUUAUUGUUUGUCUUUACUACUGUGUGAUUGGCUAGUUGUUACAAGGAAUUCAAGCAAGCAUAAUUGCUUGAGAAACCAGCCAGAACGACUCCCUUAGGAUUAAUUAUAUUAGUUACCUAGCUACUCUUUCCCAUUUCCUAUCCUCUUCCAUCCAAUCAGGCGGUCGAAUUAUUAUGGGGUGCAGGGAUAUGGAGAAAUGUGAGGCGGCUGCCAAGGAGAUCCGGGGGCAGACACUGAAUCCUCAUGUUUACGCACACCACAUAGACCUGGCCUCUAUCAAAUCCAUCCGCCAGUUUGCAGAGAGAGUCAACCAAGGUGAGUUAAAGUACAUACUGGAGGGACAUCAACUCAAAUGAGACACAUUGGAAGUAAUGGUCACUUAAGCAGCUUUUGCACCUUUAUGAGUUGAGCUACACCCUAUUCUCAGACAAUGGUGUAUGUUUGUUGUGUGUCUGUGUGUGUGUGUGUGUGUGUGUGUGUUUUUCUUCAUGUCGUUGCAGAGGAAAAGCAUGUGGAUGUGCUGAUAAACAAUGCAGGAGUGAUGAGAUGUCCAGCAGGGAAGACAGAGGAUGGGUUUGACAUACAGUUUGGAGUGAACCAUUUAGGUAAGCUUCUGAGUUCCCGAAUACUCCAACUAGAGUGCACUUUGUGCAAUGUUUUAUUUCAUACUGUUGCUUUACAUUGUAUUAUGAUAAUAAAUACAUAGCUAUAAUAUAGAAGCAUAUGGACAUUGUCAUAUGUUUAUGUUACUGUGUUCCUCUGUUUCUUCAGGUCACUUCUUGCUGACCAAUCUGCUUCUGGAAAAGCUGAAGGACUCUGCCCCCAGCAGAGUGGUCAACCUGGCCUCUCUCGCCCACAUCGUCGGGGAGAUCGACUUCAACGACCUCAACUGGGACAAUAAGAAGUUUGACACCAAACGGGCCUACUGUCAAAGCAAACUCGCCAACGUUCUAUUCACAAGAGAACUGGCCCAAAGGCUAGAUGGUAAGUCCAGUAGAUCUGUAUAUGUGUGUGUGUUCUCUGCGUGGGUGGAUAGGUUUGUACUCUGUUUGGGAUGGUUUGUUAUUUUUGUGUUGGGUUUGUAUUUUCCAUUGAUUACAAUAUUGAUUACUGUGUUGUUAAUCGCUGUUGUGUGUGGUUGUGACAGGUACUGGGGUCACUGUGAAUUGCCUACACCCGGGGGUCGUUGCCACAGAGCUGGGGAGACACACUGGCCUCCACCAAUCGCAGUUCUCCAGCUCAGUGCUCAGUGAGUCCGCCGCCUUCUCAUUGUGUAUUACACUUAGAGAUCCACUCACUUGAAAAUGUUUGCUAAACCAUCAUCUAAUUUUAGAUUAAUAGGCUCAGUAGGUCAUAGUUAAAGCCCCCAAUCACUCAUGAAAAGUUAUUCACAAAAUGCUCCAAAUGACCCCUACUGUCUCUGCCUCUCCCUGCAGGUCCGUUCUUCACCCUCCUAGUGAAGGGGCCAGAGCUGGGGGCCCAGCCUAGUGUCUAUCUGGCCGUGGCCGAGGAGCUGGAGGGGGUUACGGGACGCUACUACGACGUGAUGAUGGAGAAGGAGCCAGCACCUAAGGCCCUCGACCAGGAGGUGUCCCGGAGGUUGUGGGAGGCCAGCGCCAGGCUGAUGGGGCUGGAGCAGGAGCAGGCACCAUCAGCAGCAGUGCCAGCCUCAAAUGGGGCCCAAGAGAAGCGCAGCACAGACCCAGACACUAAAAUCAUAGUCAAGCACCCACUGUCAGUGUUUGAGCAAACAGGAAUGAACCCUGGAGUAUGAGCCCCGAUAUGGAAAGAAGUCUCUGUGAACGGUUGACUUUGCAUAGGCGCCAUUUUCUCUCGACAAGAGAAUGUACAAUAUGAAAUCCGAGCUAGCUUGAGAUUUCGAUUAUGGCUCGCAAGACAUGUUACAGAUAUGCUACAGACUAAUGCUUGAUUUCACCUGGUUGUCCAAUGUCCAUACAUCAGGAGAUGUUAUAGAGGCAAUGAUACAGAAGUGACUUGUCCAACAGCACAGUGAGUGUUGGCUUACAGUGAGUGUUGGUUCCAGAGGGAGUAGGUUUUCAUUCCAACCAAAGUCAAUGUUAAGUUAUAUUUUAAUGUUAAUUGAAGAUAUUGAAUAAUUAUGGAAAUAAUCCACCUUUCAUGGCCAGAUACUGAGACAGAAUGAAAUGGGAAUCACUGUUAUUAAAACAAUUGUUCUAUGUUAUGAACUGAACUUGAACACACAGGCUCACGCUCAUUGCAUGUGUUGUAAUGAGUACAGUAUAAUGUUGCCUCAUCUGGCCAUGAUGAGGCUCAAGGGUAAGGGUUACCCGUCAUAUUAGCGUUGCUUGUCAUUGAUUAUACUAUUAUUGACUGAGCUAAUUAAACAAUACUAGAGUGACAGUUGGAGUCAGGAAAGAGGAUAUGCAAUAAUGAGAUACCUAGAGCCGUAUUUAUGCUUUAACCCUGUCAUGUUUGUUUGGCUCGUUUAUGUAUUAUUAAUGGUUUGUGAGGAAGAGGGUUAGCAUUCUACAGGCUCUGCUAGUGUUUUAAAACUGUAACCUGCCAAUUAACACAACUUGGUGGUGAGCUAUCAAACUCAGAGGGAAACACAUUUUGACAUGAAGAAAAUGGAGACCAAAGAAAACAUUUCUUAACCCCCCACAGAGCUUCUGCAAGCUUUGACUGUGUCUCACCAAAAAUAUGUUACUUACAUGUCUUGAUGUUUUCCUCUAGCAUCGAUCACUACUACAUUGUUGCAUUAUAACAACACAUCACCUCACUAUCUGGAGUCAGAAAACUUUUGAUCAAACUGUCCAGGCUGGCAUGCAUUAAUGGAGACUGUUGGCAUACACACAGCCUAAGUGCUUUGGAUUUAUUAGUCCUGAACUAUCUGAGGGAUCCAUUUCACAGUGCUCUUCCCGUCAAUAAAAUACCUAAAUUCAGAUUGAGAGAAAGCCAACCACCAUCUGAAUGUACUCUGAUGAGCAUCGAUCCCCGGAAACUAAUAUCAUUCACCAGCUAAAUCUGGUGUCAGUUUACCAGCAAUAACAUUCCCUGGUGCCAUCCUAAAAAGCUGAGGGUAAUAGGAGAUGAACUAAGGGAUCAAUGGUUUUCCACAUCCCUCUGAUUUGGAAAAGGAGGUAAUGUUUUGUAAAGUGGGAGGGAAUACCAGAAAUACUUUUACAUCUGGUUAUGAAGAGCCAUAAAAGAGACACUGUUAUUGCGCUCCCUAAACAUGCACAGAUACAUUUAGAUUAUAAAAUAAAAAAUGCUUUAUAUUUGUGGGUAUCCAUCAAAUGAAAGCUUCUUUAAUGGACACCUAGAAUAUGGUGUUACUGAAACACUUCUGACAAUGAGAACAAUGACCUUUUUGUUUCUGUAUCUUAUCUGAAGGUUCUGCAGUGAUUUAUUCAUUCUGGCCUUGAGGUAGAAUUUAGAAACAUGUCUAUCAUGUCUGUGUGAGCCUUGAGGUAUUUGUAUACUGAACAAAAAUAAAUACACA